ACAAACCCACCCCAGAAAAACCACCACCCUCAUCAACUCCUCAACCCCAUUUCAAUUUUCAACCCCCAUUCAACCAAAUGGCUCGUACAAAGCAAACAGCAAGAAAAUCAACCGGAGGAAAGGCUCCAAGAAAGCAACUAGCCACAAAGGCAGCUAGAAAGUCAGCACCGGCAACCGGAGGAGUGAAAAAGCCGCACAGGUUCCGCCCCGGAACCGUUGCAUUGAGGGAGAUCAGGAAGUACCAGAAGAGCACUGAGUUGUUGAUCAGGAAGCUGCCGUUUCAGCGGCUGGUGAGGGAGAUUGCUCAGGACUUUAAAACCGAUUUACGGUUUCAGAGCUCUGCUGUUGCGGCGCUUCAGGAAGCGUCUGAGGCGUAUCUGGUUGGGUUGUUUGAGGAUACGAAUUUGUGCGCGAUUCAUGCGAAAAGGGUUACGAUUAUGCCCAAAGAUAUGCAGCUUGCCAGGAGGAUUCGUGGUGAGAGGGCUUAGGGUUUGUGUUCAGUUGGUGGUGUUUGUUUUGGGUUUAUCAUUCCUCCUGUUGUUUUAUGUAAAUUGAUGGAUGUCAAUGGAACUUUAUUUUGAAACUUAA